AUUCGUCUUUAUUUUUCAAGUUAUGGAUAAAUCAUACAAAAUGAAGAACGAAGCAAACAACUCAUUCUUCCAAUAUUUCUACGAAAAUCAGCAUUUAAGCAAACGCAUACACAGGUCGCCACAAUCACUUUCAGGCAUACUCUUCUAAGGAAAAGUUAUUCCCACGUUCACGGUCUUUUCAAAAAUGUAAAUCUUGACCAUCCCAUCAGUCAAUGGUCUUUCGCAGAAUUGAAAUAUGCAAUCAAUAAAGACAAGCUUUAUCCGAUAAAUGACAACAAAAUCAAAAACACGUAUUUAUCUAUAAUGGAUAGCAUUCAAAGCUCAAGUGAUGUACCGAAUUGCGCAGGAAUAGAGGCUCACCCUGCCUACGGUCUAUUAACAUCGUUAAAAUCACCCGAGACAGAGCCUCAACACAUCAGUUUUAGCAUUACAGCAAGUGGUUCUAGCGUUAUUCAUGCAUUUAAUGAUUUCGGCACAGGGGAAUCCGGCCAUACACUGGACUUGGUAGAUUCAUAUGAUGAGGAAAGCGAUGAAGAGUAUAAGAUCCCAUCAGAUUUGUCAAUCCACCACCAUCCUUACCGUACUUGUGAGUACACACUUACUUUUAACAAAUCAGAUGAGGACAAGGAAAAAGAAGAAGAAGAAGAAGAAGAAGAGGAGGAUGAUGCAACCGAGUUGGAAGAUACUUUGGAGUCAGAGUCAGAAUGGAUGUUAGGAAAUGUCUCUAUAUCUAAUUUAUGUCUCGAUUUUAAGAAAGCAAACCUCAAAUUGGCUACACGCACGGAUCCUGCACAGCUCUCAGAUAUUCGCCUCCUUGCCUUAAAUGAUAUUUACAUAUUUGAUAGAAACUCGACAUUAUCUGUUAGCAAAUAUUUCCCAAGUAAAGUCCAUACAAUGCUCACACCAACCUUAUCAUUCGAUGCCUAUUUCCUCGCGGAAGGACUGGAUUGUUAUAAUUGGUGCAUGGACAUCGAGAUAUCUCGUCCUGCCGAUUGGUUCUCUUCACUGUCAUUGUGCGCUAAAUUUGUCGUAUUUGGAACUUCUCCUACCACCGUAAAACUUAGUCGUGGUAAAUUUACAAUUUAG